AGGUAGCUAUGCCUUUUGAUUCAGAGGUGGGGAAAAUAGCCUAUAGUGCAUUUUAUUGAAUGUGUGUUUCGCAUUUAAUGGCAGGAAAACAAAUAUUUGCAGUUUAGGGAGGGAACACACUGAGAGGAGGUUAUUCACUAAAGUUCUUUAUCAGAAACGAAACCGACUGAUCCUGGAAGUAACGCAAUGAAAGCGUCCUAUUUUGUAAUAGUUUUAUUGUUUUUUUCCGACGUAACAUUAACGUCAGGUUUUAUGGAUGUCUUGAUAGGUCUUACCGCGUAUAUCUACACAAUAUUUGAAGGGGAUAAUUUAAUCCCUUUUGUUCCUGCACGUUUCGAGAAAGAUUUAAAUGACAAUCUCUACGGGCAGCACAUCGUGUCGAAAGUUGUACUGAAAGCUGUAUCAUCAUUUAUGACCGACAGUAAUCCAAACAAACCGCUCGUGCUCUCUUUCCACGGGACAACAGGAGUGGGAAAAAACCAUGUGGCUAAAAUAAUCGCAAGUAACAUUUACAAGAAAGGAGAUCAGAGCGACCAUUAUAUCACUUUUAUAUCAGAGUUCCAUUUCCCACACAAAGACAAGGUUGACAUGUACAGUGCACAACUAAAGCAAUGGAUUCAUGGAAAUGUAUCCAGUUUUCCUCGGUCCAUGUUUGUAUUUGAUGAAAUGGACAAGAUAAAUCCACGUCUGGUCGAAACCAUAAAGGCUUUUCUAGACUACACGGCCCGUGUAGAUGGCGUCUCCUUCCGCAAAGCAAUCUUCAUUUUUCUCAGCAAUGCGGGUGGAAAUGUGAUCGCCAACUUAGCCCUGGAUUUCUGGAAAGAGGGUAAAGACAGAGAAGAAAUACAGAUGAACAGCAAGGGAAUGGAGACACAAAUCUUUCAAAACAUCUUCAAUGAUAAGAGUAGUGGAUUUUGGCACUCAAGCAUCAUAGAUCAUCACCUGGUGGAUCACUUUAUACCUUUCCUGCCUCUGGAACUGAAGCAUGUGCGUCAGUGUGUCCUGGCUGAAAUAGCCAGUCUGAACAUCCCUGUUGAUCAUGAUCUGGCAGACACGGUGGCCAGAGAGAUGCCCUUCUUCCCCACAGAGGAGAAAAUCUUCUCUGUUAAAGGCUGCAAGACAGUCAGACAGAAGUUGUUGCUAUAUGUUGAUGACUAGAUGAAAGGGACUUUUCUCCACAACGUCAUUGGAUUUCUCUGAACAUCAUUGAAUUAUAAUGGAGUUUGACUUGGAUUACUUUUCACUUUUGUUUUAUCUGUUUUUUUCUGUGAAUCUUUUUGUAAAUUUUGAGUUAAUGGUCCAAUUUUUACCUAAAGUUUU